GCUGAAAAUUCACUAAAGGUAGUCACAAUCGGUCUUUUUGUAAUGAGCUACUUUUUAACUGCCGUAACAUCGAUUGACAAACUGAUUAACUAAAGUCAUCAUGUAAAUGUGAAAACUAAAAAAAAUUACAAAAAAUAUUUUCGUCGUCCCAAAUGCAUAAUAACCCAUACCGGAAAAAGUUAUCACAAAAUUGUAAAAAUGUUACCGAAAGUGUGUGUGCUAUUUAUAUUGAUGAAUGUUAAGUUAAUUUUUUGUGAACCAGUGCCACAAUUAGACCUACCACCUUUAGAUGUUGUAAUAACAGCCAAACCGGAAGUGACCUUAAAUAGUUAUACCGAAGAUAAGGGUGCCGAUCGCAGUGAGGGGGUGUCAAGCGAUUUCGAUCGUGAUCGCAGUCAACGAUUCGGGCCACCGUAUGCAUACAACAAUCAGUUCGAAAAUCGUUCCGCUACGCGUGGAUUUGAAGAUAUCAAUUACAAUCGUAACAGACCGUUUCUGGACGAUGAUAAAUACUACGCCAAUCGAAAUCGAGACGAUUUCAACGGGAAUCUUGAUCCUGAUCGUUUCAGGAACAGUAACUACAGAGAUGGCUAUCAGUAUCAAAGGCCGAAUCCAAAUGGAUAUAACGACGAUCAAUAUAAUUACAAUAAUGGCUAUCAACAAGAUGAACGUUACAGAUUAGAACAAGAAAGGCAAUUUCGGAUCGAAGAUGAUCGACUUAGGCGUAUUUUAGCGGAAAUUGAUCAAAAAAGCUCGUUUGAGUGUUCGCUGAAUGUUGCAGCUCAAUGGAAUUUCGAAACGAAUGUUAACGAAAUUACCCAAGUGGAAGCGUUGGCAGCUCAGCAGCGAUAUUCCGAUUAUCAAAGAACCGUGUGGGAUCAAAUGCGACAAAUUGACAAAAAUCGAAUUUACGAUCAGCAGUUGUUUCGUCAAGUUUAUUUCAUGUCAAACAUUGGUCCAAGUGCUCUACCACCGGAUCAGUUGGAUAGGUACAACCGUCUCAUUAAUGAUAUGCUUGCCAUUUAUAACAAGGCAGAAAUUUGUGGCUAUGAACAACCAUUCAACUGUGGGUUAAGGUUACAACCACAUUUGAAGGAGCUGAUGGGAAAAAGUAGAGAUUGGGAGGAAUUACAAUACACUUGGACGGAAUGGAGACGAAAGUCUGGACGUGAUAUGCGAGAUUUAUAUGAACAAGUAGCUGAACUAACGAAUGAAGCAGCACGAUACAACAACUUCAGCAGUGCUGCUGACUACUGGACGUUUCCGUUUGAAUCACCCGACUUUAGACGUGACGCCGAAAACGUUUGGCUGGAAAUUCUGCCGUUAUACGAACUCAUCCAUGCAUACGUUCGACGAAAGUUGAGAGAAUUUUAUGGCCCCGACAGAAUCAAUAAAAAUGCGCCUCUACCUGACCACGUACUUGGUAAUAUGUAUGGGCAAAGUUGGUCCAAUAUCUUAGACAUCACGAUUCCGUAUCCUGGUCGAAGUUUUCUGGAAGUGACACCUCAAAUGGCAGCACAAGGAUACACACCGCACGUAAUGUUUCAAUUAGCCGAAGAAUUCUUUUUGUCCAUGAAUAUGACCGUAUUGCCGACGGAAUUUUGGAUUGAUUCGAUUUUAGAACGACCGCCUGACAGAGCAGUUAUAUGCCAGCCAUCUGCUUGGGAUUUCUGUAACGGACACGACUACAGGAUUAAAAUGUGCACCGGAGUGAAUCACAAAGAUUUGAUCACCGUACAUCACGAAAUGGCACACAUUCACUACUUUAUAAAUUACAGACAUAAGCCGAAAGUUUUUCGAGAUGGAGCUAAUGCAGCCUUCCAUGAAGCGAUUGGAGACGCAAUAGCUCUUUCUGCAGCGACCCCGAAGCACUUACAAACAUUGGGAUUAAUACAGAAGUCGGUGGAUGAUACAGCUCAUGAUGUGAAUUUUUUGUUUGCGCUGGCGCUUGAUAAGGUGGUUUUUCUACCGUUUGCUUUGUCAUUGGAUGCCUGGCGUUGGGAUAUUUUCAACAAAAAAAUAACAAAAGAACAGUACAACUGCCAUUGGUGGCUAUUACGUGAAAAGUACGGUGGAAUUAAACCUCCCGUUUUACGAUCUGAAAUGGAUUUCGAUCCUGGCUCCAAGUACCAUGUUCCGGCUAAUAUUCCGUACAUAAGAUACUUUUUUGCAACCGUGCUACAAUUUCAGAUCCACAGAGCUCUGUGUAAAGCUUCCUUACAGUAUUUACCGGGCGACUCGAGCAAACCACUUCAUAAAUGCGAUAUAUACCGACAGCCCGAAGCUGGCAACACAUUGAAAAAAAUCAUGGAGAAAGGAGCAUCACAACCGUGGCAGGAAGUAUUGCAAGAAGUAAUCGGAGAAGGUCGAUUGGACGGUUCAGCGUUGCGAGAGUAUUUUCGACCGCUUGAGGAGUGGUUACGUAAUGAAAAUCUGCGAAAUAAUGAAUUUGUUGGAUGGAAUUACGAUGGCGACUAUUGCAAGCACAGCAUUGAUACGGCCAAUUUGCAGGUGUACGGUGGAUUUUAUAAUGCCGCUGUUCAAAUGGAAGUAUCGUUAGUGACAUUGAUUGUAUUUUCGAUUUUUGUAGCAAUUUUUUAGUGAGUCUUGAAUGUACUCGUUUUUUAUUUGAAGCACUCGCUAACCAACAAAAUUAUGUUUUUGCAAAAAUAAAAAAUGAAUGAAU